CGAAGUUCGCCGAGUCAGCUAGUUAUCUUAUAAAGUAAAAAUAAUAGGAGUAUUAAAAUCUUUAAAAUUAAUACGAUUUUAGGCAACAAUAUUAGUUUUGGACAAUAAGUUGAAUCUUUAGGUGCAAAUAAGGCAAAAUAAAAACUUAAGACUGCCAUAACUAUGACCUAUAUUUAAUAAUAAAUAACAUUAUUGUAAUGAAUAUCUUGAGUGUGUACUGUUAUGCGUAAAUUAUAGAGAAUAGCUAAUGAACCGAAAAAAGUGACACGUGACAAGAUGUAAACAACUUUGGGGUUCUGUCAUUCAGAUCUGACAUUUCAUCAUUCCUCAACACGGAAUUUCCGCUGCCCUAUCCGUCCAUUGCGGCAUUCUACACAAACAUAGACACCACCGACUCUGGUGCCAUCUACUAUAGAGAAACUAAUGACACAUACGCCCUGCUCAAAGCAGAAGAAGCAGUCCAGAACAAUUUUCUGAGCUACUUUGACUUCAGACCAACCAGCGUGUUUAUUGCCACCUGGAUUGACGUCACGUACAAGAGCCGUGAACCGCAGGACCGCAAGAAUAGCUUCCAAGUUGUAGUAAUAAGCAAUGGCACAGAAAGCUUUGUAGAAUUAUUAUACCCAGAAGGAGAGAUUCAAUGGAUCCAGAAGGAAACCCAAACGUCCAGUCUUCCCGAAGCGAAAGCUCAAGCUGGCUUUAUCGCCGAGGAUGGCCGCAUCUUUACACUUAGAGGCUCUGGCAGUCAGCAAAUUCGCAAUAUUGUGACAUGGUCGAAUACACACGAUCCGGGCAAAUACGUAUUCCGCGUAGGUGAUUUACCAUACGAUGGAAAUAUCGCCGUUCCCGAUCAAUACGACGAAAGCGAGUUGGAAGUGGAAGAAGAAUCCAAAACCUGCGCCCAGAGCGGUAACAGCGUGUGCCACAUUCAAGCCCGUUGCGUUGACUACCAAGCCGGCAUUUGCUGCAAAUGCAACGAGGAUUCAUAUGGCAACGGGAAGUCGUGUAUCAAGAAAGAUGAACCCCUCAGGGUCCAUGGCAAAGUAAACGGUGUCCUUAAUAACAUUAAUUUGAACGAUGUUGACAUCCAAGCUUACGUAGUCGUAGCCGACGGCAGGUCAUACACUGCAUUAUCCUUGGUCCCGAUGAAAUUGGGCAGUAGUCUACGGCUUCUCAAUGUUCUCGGCGGUGUUGUCGGUUGGCUAUUUGCAAAGCCUACAGGUUCUGCUAAAAACGGGUACGAACACACCGGAGCUGUUUUCAAUCACACCGCUGACAUUUAUUUUCCUUCCACUAAAGACAGAGUUGUGAUCAACCAAGAAUUUUUAGGGCACGACGUUUUUGAUCAAAUUAUUGUAGAAACAGACAUUCGAGGCACAUUGCCAUAUUUAGCAAGUGGAGCAAAGCUUGAUAUAUCAGAAUUCGAAGGGCAAAGUGGAACAAAACUACAUAUAUCAGAAUUUGAAGAGCAAUUCACGAAAAUCGAACCAGGACUCAUCCGAUCUGAAUCUACACGCACGUUUAUAAAUAAAAACACAGGUGAAAAAUAUGAACAAAUAGUAACGCAAACCUUCACCUUUAAUCCAGCUUGUCGUUACGCUCCCUCAUCUGAAGAAGAUGACAUGCCAGUGACAUUAAAAGUAUCUAAAAACUACCUCGGAUACGAGGCCAGAGAUAAUAUUGUGAGAUACGGAUCAAGCAACAAAAUCAUACCUCUAGGACAAGAUCCGUGCAGGGAAGGUCGUAAUAAUUGUGGAGCUGACAGCUCUUGCAUUGUGGAAGGUGAUUCGUAUAUAUGUAUCUGUCAGACAGGUUUUACAAAUAUAUAUCAUCAAAAUAAUUCAGCGUGCAUUGACAUUGAUGAGUGCGAAGCUGGUACUCACAACUGCGACGUUAAUGCUGAUUGUUACAAUCAUCAAGGUGGAUUCGAGUGCAAAUGUAGACAUGGUUUCGUAGGAAGUGGAACAACCUGCGAACAUACACAAAAAUGUACACAGCAUUCGUGUGGUUUCAACGCCCGUUGUGUUGAAAAUCAAGGUAAAGAACCAACUUGCGAAUGCAGCAGCGGAUACGUAUACGACGGGGACAGUUGUGUUAGAGUAAACGAUAAUUCCUGCGAUUACUGUCAUCAUCAAGCUUCUUGUAUAUUUUCGGAAACUUCAAACUUAUACUAUUGUCAGUGUAACUCUGGUUAUUCUGGUAACGGAUAUCAAUGUGAGGAGGAAUCUAGGCAAUCCUACUCAGAGCGCUCGCGCCAAGAUGAUCGAUAUGCUGAACGACGAUCUGAGCGACCUCGUCCUGGGCGACCAAAUUAUGAACGACCAACUACUAGACGACCUGAAUCUGAAGAACAGUAUUCUGAAAAUCAAUAUCGCGAAUCGCCAGUUGUUGAGCAACCAUCAACAACAGAAUAUGUAACAGAUCUCGAAUCAAGCCCUCAGCCCGUUUACGAACGCAGUACAAGAGAAGCCGAAUACAACGAUUCGAUAGUUUUACCUCAAUGCGACGCCUAUAGAUGCGUUUGCCCCUACGGCUACACAAGCUAUACAGACGAAAGAAACAAUGACCUAUGCCGCCUGGACAGCUAUUAUAGCACAAGCGUGGAACCGAUCACUGAAAACAACGACACCUCAAUCUCGUGUUACAGCGAUGCGGAUUGCCCACCUAACGCCGUCUGUAUAUAUUCACCAACUGACGGUACUGCUCAGUACGGACAUUGCGUUUGCCCCGAGGGUUACGAAGGAGAUGGUUUGGAAUGUAUCGAGCGCACCGGGUCUGUGUGCUCCUGCGGCCCGAACGCCCAUUGCGUCGACACUGCCAAUGGGGAAGUUCUUUGUAUUUGUAACUCGGGAUACCACGGAGACGGCUACACCUGCCGCCCCAACUUCAGCUGCACGACCAGUUCAGAUUGUGAAUACAAUGCCGAAUGCCGACUUGACCCCUCAAACAGCGAUUAUGUCUGCCAAUGCAUAGAAGGAUACAUCAGAGAUGAAAACGAUGCGUGCAUUCGCGACGGUCAGCUCUGCAACGGAGCAGUGUGUCCUGAACACGCGUCUUGCCUCUAUGACGAAACGGAGCAAGUAAGCUAUUGUCAAUGCGACCAGGGCUACGAAGGCGAUGGCAUAGUACAAUGUGCACCUCAAGGGCAUUCGUGCGACAUCAAUAAUGACUGCAGUCCUGAUGCCGUUUGCACUCCCUAUGACAACACCUACCAAUGCAUUUGUCGGGAAGGAUUCACUGGCGACGGUUACUCUUGCACACCAGAGGUGAACUGCAGAACGAACCCCUACUUGUGCGACGCACAUGCAUCCUGCUUGAAACGCAGCGACGGAUACGUUUGCGAGUGUAACACCGGCUACAACGGCAACGGAAGCUACUGCGAACUAAAUCCAAGAAAGGCAGGCGGAUUCUUGGUCGCAAGUGACGGUGCUUCUGUAUACCGAGUACCAUUCAGGACAAGCCCGAGAGAAUUCGCAACACCACUAAACAGUGCUAUAUAUCAAAUCGCUGUUGGUGUGGACGUAGACUGUUUGACUGGGAGAAUAUACUGGGGAGAUGUUGUGGGAAACGCCAUCAAAAGCGCUGCAUACGACGGCUCUGCAUACGAUCAAUUUUUAUCAGUCGAUGUCAAAUCACCAGAAGGUCUGGCUGUUGACUGGUCUGGCAGAAACGUAUAUUGGACAGACUCUAAGAAAUACACUAUAGAAGUGGCCAAUAUUGACACAAAAGUUAGAAAAGUAUUAUUCUCAGGAAAUGGCAUAACUAAUCCCAGAGGCAUUGCAGUCCAUCCGCAAAGAGGGAAAAUCUUCUGGUCGGACUGGAACCGCGCCGACCCUAAGAUCGAGUGGGCCACCAUGGACGGGUCUGAGCGCGGCAUAUUCCUGGACUCGUCGGAGGUGCAGCUUCCCAAUUCGCUGGCUAUCGACUGGAGUCGCGACCGGCUCUGCUACGCCGAUGCCGGCUUGCACAGCAUCAAAUGCGUCGACAUUGAUACGCGAGAGAAGGAGACCAUCGCCGCUAACUGCACCUACCCGUUCGGCUUGGCCAUCAACGGCAACAAGUUCUACUGGAGCGAUUGGAAAACACUGAAAAUCGAGUACAUUGAUAACGAGACGCAACAGAAGGGUCAAGUUCCAAUAGCUACAGCCUCGCGAAGGCUUUACGGAGUCGCAGUAGCCCCUGACAGUUGCCCACGAGUAGGCAACGUAUGCCAGCACCGGAACGGCAACUGUGAGCUCACACAACUCUGCUUACCAGACGGAAGGGGCAGCCGGACGUGUGCAGAAGGCGAAAGCGGUUACUAAACUCAAAAAGGUCUUAGGACCACACAGACUUUUUGUAGGUGUAGCAAACAUGAUUUUUAUUCCUGAGAAGUUUAGGUUGAACGAAAAAAUCAAGCAGAUAAUUGGAAAAGAAAUGCCAAUAAUUUUAUAUCUUCGUGAAGGUCAUACAAAAAUUUCAAAUCCGUCUUAAAGGUCAUACAGAAAGUCUGUCAAUUGUGUGUAUUUAGUGCUUAAUAUUCGAUAUAGUGUUUAAGCCAAAUACCUGUUACCAAGGGCCGCGUUUUUUGUGGUGAUAUUUAUAAAAAUAUAUUUUUGAACAAACCAUUUUUGCUCUUAGUUUGGUUGUUACUUAAUAAAUAAUUAAUUCAUAGCCUUAUUAACAUACUGCUAUCUACAGAGGCUAUUUUACGUCGAUAAAUCAACGUGAAUAUCAAAAGUAUUGUACAGUUUACUCUACAGCAAUUAUUGAUAUUAGCAGAUAUGUUGAAUGAA